AUGAUCAACCCAUUCAAAGCCAUGGUGGACCUCAUAAAGAGAUUCAGGAGAAGGCGCAGGCUUUCAUCCGAACUCGAUCCUCGCUGGGGCGAUCCAUCGAUCAGCUAUCCGAACCAAGGAUCGUGGAACCAGUGGGAUCAACCGUCCGGCUUCGUCGCAAAUGCAUCGAUGGGGUCGCCUCGCGAUAUCCAAGCGCAAGAGACGCGGCAAUAUGUGGCCCUGGGGUCAAGCCCAUCUCAGAAUCCAGGAGCAUCCAGCGACUCGGGCUAUCAAAGCUCCAGUGCACGAGAGGAUUAUUCUCGUGGAGCCUCGGCCAUCCCCAAGGGAUACUUUGACGAGAAUAUACAGCAUCGAGCCGAGAAAAGCCAAGGGCCAGCCGUCAAAGGGCUUGGUAUCGACGGCACUACACGCAGAAUGGGCAGGACGGGUGGACACACGCCUCCGGAUGAUUCAUGUGAUGACGACGACGAGGAAGAAGAAGGCCGAGAUACGCUGGGUGACCCAGGAGGAUGCCUGGUCUUCCGCAAUCCUUUGACGGGAGACCCGCUACGAUAUUCCCCACGGGACGAUCAGGACCCUUAUUUUGACCGCGCCUCGAAAUCACCACCAUUGUCAGUCACUCAACGCAUGCGCCGCCUCAGCCAACAGAGUUCAUCGACCGACCCAACCUUAUCCGUUGCGGGAACAUCUAGCUCUCGACGGACUAGCUACACUGCCGCGUCGUCGGUAUCAGUACCAUCGCUACCGCCUGAUACGCCGCGCUUUGCAUUCAAUGCUGGCCAUCCCGCACACGAGAAACGAUCUGCUCCCCGCCCGAGGCAUCGGGAGCCCGAACCCACGGCUCGGCAGGAGAUGGUCCCGUCCUACGAUGACCUUUAUGGGUGA